AUUUUAUAAAGUUGUCAUUCAGUUUUUGAGCUUCAACAGGAACGGUCGCAGGAAGAGCUUUGCUUUUGGUUUCGUAGUUUUGUGGAUUUAUUGUAUCAAAUAAUGGCGUCAAAAAGGAAACUAGUCAAAAACUUAAUAAACUCCAAUGACGUUGUUGAUGCAAAGAAAGCAAAAAAAUCUACGGUUUCUGAAGAACCAAUGGUGUUGGAGAAAACUGAAAUGUCUCCAAAGGGUAAAGAAUUCAACAAAUGUGAUGCGUCCAGUGGAUCUAAAGAAGCUGUGGUAUCAAAGAAACGUAACUUAUCAAUGGAACCUGGAGAACCACAUGAAUAUAAAGUAUCGGAAGCAAUUCAGGAAUUUAUGGAUUCACUUGACCCAGCUUCAUUAAGUCUCUUUAAAAAACUAAGAAAACCUGUCCCAACAGAAUGUAUGGAAUCCUUGAAACCUGCGGAGCCGAUUAAGAUAAAGAGGGCAAGAAAGCUUGAUGAAACAAAGGAAUCAAAAGAAUCAGCUAAAUUAAUUGAAUUGGUUGAAUCUAAACAGUCUGAACUAAAUCAGCCUACCGGAAAGGAAGUUGCCAAUAAGAAGCCUAUCGAAAAAGAAUGUAUUGAAAAGGAACCUAAGGCAAAUAAAGUUUACAAAAAAGAUACUAUUGAUGAACAGUCUGCUAAACAGCAUUACCAACCUACCGAAAAUGAAGCCAUCACAGAGAGGCUUAUCGACAUACAAUCAAUUGGAAAAGAACCUAGUGUUGACACAGUUAUCAAAGAGGAAACAGAUGACGAGGACUAUUAUCUGUCCACUGAAAUGGAAGCUAUCAAAAAGAGGCUUGCAGAGAUUGAAUCAAUGGGUGAGGAAGCUAUUGUUAACAAAAUUUUUAUAAAAGAAACGGAUGAUGAAGAGUAUUACCAUCCUACCGAAAAGGAAGCUACCAAAAAGAAGUAUAUAGAAAUAGAAUCUCGUGUAAAGGAACCCAUUGCAAACAAAGUUUUCAAAAAAGAUGCGGAUGAUGAGGAGUAUUACCGGUCUAUCGAAAUUAAAGCUAUCAAAAAGAGACUUGCAGAGAUUGAAUCAAUGGGUGAGGAAGCUAUUGUUAACAAAGUUUUCAUAAAAGAAACGGAUGAUGAAGAGUAUUACCAUCCUACCGAAGAGGAAGCUAUCAAAAAAAGGGUUACUAAAAUCCAAUCAAUUGAAAAUGAACCUGUUUUCAAAAAAGUUUACAAAAAAGAAACUGGUGAAAUCACUGCUGAAAAAGAACUUGUUGAAAAUAAAGCUGCAGAAAAGAAACUCGUAAAAAUGAAACUUAUUAAGAUGGAUUCUAUUAAGAAGGAGUCUAUUGAAAAUGUACCUGUUGAAAAGAAGGCUGAUAAAAAGAAACUAGUUGGAAAUAUGGCUAACAAAAAGAGGCUUCUCCAAAAGGUUGGCGAAAACAACACUACUAAAAAGGGAACUGUUGAAGAAAAGUUAGUCGAUAUCCUGAAGAAAGUUGACAAAAAGAAAGCUGACGGUGAGAAAUCUGACGAAAAGAAAGUUGAUGGUAAGGAAGCCGAUGAAAAGGAAGUCGACGAAAAGAAAACCAACGGAGAAAAAGAGAAAACUAAUGAAGUGAAAGCCGGCGGAGAGAAUAUUGAUGGAGGGAAAAUCAACGAAGAAGAACCUGACGAAGAGAAACCAGUUGAAAAAAAGGCUGUUAUAAAAGAACCUUUAAAUGAUAAAUGGAUUUGGUGGUUUAGAGAAGAAAAACGCUUUACUACCUACAAAGAAAAAUUGCGUGAAAUCAUAUCAUUUAAAACGGUUGAAGAUUUUUGGUAUAUUUUUGAUUAUCUUAAGCUACCGUCUCAGAUGAAAGGUAAUUGUGACUAUUCUGUUUUCAAAACUGGUUUCAGUCCGCUUUGGGAUGAUCCCAAUCAUGAUAAAGCUGGUCGUUGGGUUAUUAAAUUUGAUAAAAAAUCUAUAGUUGAUUUGGAUAUCAUUUGGGAACGUUUAUUAAUCCUUUGUAUUCGUGAUCGACUUCCUUACUAUGAUCAAAUUUCCGGUGUUUAUGUUAAUAUUCGUAGUAAGUUCAAUUCAAUAAGUAUUUGGAGUAAGAACGACACUUCACGUAAAGAGCUCUUAAGCAUCGGAAAGGCGAUUAAAAAACAUUUUAAUUUAGGUGGUCGAGUGUUAUGCUAUUAUUACCACCAUCAAUGUAAACGCAGAGAAUGGGGCUUGCCAUCACUAGUACUCUAAAUUGAAAUUUGAUUUUGACACAAUUUUCUAAUUUUAUUUCCAUAAAUACAUCACUUUUUUUUUAAUCCUAUUAACAAUACAAUAUUCUAU